CAUAUGAUCGGCCGGGGCCGUCGCCAGUCUCCCGAGUGCGGUGUGCCGCUGCUGCCGCUCCCCCCCCUCCGCUAUCCUCGCCCCUUCUCCACAUUCCCACCAGUGCCGCCUCGCUCUGCCCCCGUCAUGGCUCGCGCCCAGGGCGCGCGGGGGCUUCUCGCGGCGGCCACCCUGCUCGGCUUCUUACAGGCUUCCUCUUCAUUUGAGUUGAAAGAUUCAAGUGGUAAGGCCUGCAUAAUUGCUGAUCUGACAGUAGCCUUCUCGGUGGAAUACAAAAGCAAUGGACAAAAAGAGUUUGCAAACUUUUUUCUUCCACAAAAUGCUACAGUAGAGCCACGGAGCUCGUGUGGCAAAGCUAACACAUCUCAUCCCCUCCUGGUAUUGGGUUUUGGAGCAGGACAUUCGUUAAGCCUGAAUUUUACAGAAAAUGCAGACAAGUACCAAGUUGAAGAGCUAGUUUUCCACUACAAUCUGUCAGAUGCAACUUUAUUCCAUAAUUCAACUACAGGAGACGUGAAGAAAGCAUCACACAAAACUACUAUUGAGGCACAUAUGGGCACAAAAUACAGAUGCAUCAGCUUCAAGCACAUCAAUAUGAAGAAUGUGAACAUCACUUUUAGCAACGUUACUUUGGAAGCCUAUCUGACCAAUGGCACUUUGAGUACAAACAUGACAGAAUGUGCUGAAGAUAUGGGCUCUACUACUGCUGUGGUGCCCACAACUCCUAAACAGACUACUAGCCAGGUUCCAACGACUAGUCCAGCACCAACUGCCUCACCCCCAAAUCCUGCAGUUGGUAAAUACAAUGUGACCGGUGUAAAUGGAACCUGUGUGCUUGCCUACAUGGGAUUACAGCUUAAUAUCACCUAUCUGAAAAAAGAUGAAAAGAUGGGCUUGGAUUUGCUAAAUUUCAUACCAAAUAACACAGCUGCUUCUGGGAGAUGUGACAAUACAUCUGCCUUCUUGAAUCUGACUUUUGAGAAAACAAGUGUCAUCUUCCACUUCGCAUUGAAUACAAGUGCUGAAAAAUUCUUCCUGCAAGGCGUGAGUGUAAGCACAACUCUGCCUUCUGAAGCAAAAGUUCCACAGUUUGAAGCAUCCAACAACAGCAUGAGUGAGCUGAGAGCUACAGUAGGAAACUCCUACAAGUGUAGUGCAGAGGAGAAUCUCCAGGUCACAGACAAAGCCCUUGUGAAUGUAUUUGAUGUUCAGAUCCAAGUUUUCAAGAUUGAUGGAGACAAAUUUGGGGCAGUGGAAGAAUGCCAACUGGAUGAAAACAACAUGCUGAUCCCUAUAAUAGUUGGUGCAGCCCUUGCUGGUCUUGUUCUAAUUGUCUUGAUUGCUUACUUGAUUGGCAGAAAGAGAAGCCACGCUGGAUAUCAAACGAUUUAAUGACUUGCACUAAAAUCCAGUGUCGAUGAAAAGCAAUUGCAAGAGGCUGGGGGGGGAGGGAGGGAAAACCCCACAUUUCCCCUGAGCUAAGAUCGAUAUUUUAAGGGAACACCUUUUCUUGCGAGUUGCUGCUGCUUUAAAGUCUGCUUUAUUAAAUGUGAAAUCAUCUUGCAGCAUUUAACUAUGCACAAAGAUAACUUCUGAAAAUUCUGGUGUUUAAUUUUGCUAACUAGUUUAAAUAUUUACCCACUUAGGAAAAAAAAAAAGCCUGAAAGUUUUUAAGGGUGCUUAUUUUGGGAAUUGGCAUCAGGUCGUGUCAGCUAAAGAUUCCAGAGAGAGGGAUGUUGCUAAUUCACACUGACUUCAUUUCAGAGCUGGUAACAAAGGGAAAAGGCUCAUUCUCCGUACCGCCGCCACCCAGCGAUGAUGUUAAUUGUACUGAUGAUGCAUUCAAAAAACCCCCUCAGUAACAACUGACAGAAUGGAAAUGUAAAAAUCUAAGCUCCACCUCGUCUCUUAGGUGUGUAUUUUUUACUAAGCUUUAAACUUGAUGCCUGGCACAUGCAGGGUGUGAACAAUGCAAUACUCGAACCUUACAGGAACUCUUUCUGAUUGGACAGCUACCCUGUUUGAUAUUUUUGAUGCUGUGCCAGCUUGUUAGGGGCUGGCUCUUUUUUAAAAUGGGUGUUAUUUUUAUUUACCUUCUUUUGUAAAGUGAUUUCGGUCUAUUCUGUUGGAAGGUCCAGAGAGAUCCUGUUACUGCACAUGUGUACAAUAUAGAUCUCAAUCUGCUGAUUCUCUUGCUUUAAACUUGGCUGGGGGGUUGUACACUUUAAGGAUCAGUUCUUAUGUAUGCAUUGCCUGUAACAAUGCUAAUAAAGACACUUUUUUUCUGUA